AUGCUCGCCAGCCUUCUGGCCAAAUCCCAUAGUAUUCAGGCGUCAGAUGUAAGAUAUGAGACGUUAGAUGUCACGGUCACAGAAUCAGUUCAGGUGAAGAUGCGUCUGUUUGUCAUUAUCUCCGUGUUGCUGGUGUUGGGCUUUCCGUUCAUCAUGACUGAAGUUGUUAAAAAAUUCAGCACAUGCAGCAAUUUUUUUUUUGAAGAUCAGCCUCCAGAGAUUGAAGGUGUUCUGAAGAAUUCAGCCUCGCAGGAUAAUAACCGCUACAAACUAAUCUGUCAAAAAUAUGACAACAAAUACAGAUUUGCAACUCUCUAUGACACAGUGAAGAGGAUUCCUAUUUUCUCAGCUUACAAAUAUACUGGGCAUUAUGAUGAAAAACCACAUAUUCCAUGGAUGAUGGAGCCACAGCUUGAGCCUUUAGAUGGCAAAAUGUCUGAACCAGGAACCAAUCAGGCUACAGGCGGAGACUACUGGGACCAGGAAAUACCGGACGAACUGGAACGUGGUCACUUAUUUCCCAACGGCCACGCAGCUGAUAAAAUCAAUGCCAAAUCUACAUACACACUGACCAAUACUGUGCCACAGAAGAAAAGCUUUAAUAGUGGUAGUUGGAGAGAUAUGGAGCAAAAAGUUAGAAAGUCCAUGGAUUCUAACUGCCGUGACAAAAAAAACCCUAAUAAUAUCUUGGCGUAUGUGCUAACAGGAGCUCUGCCUGGUAACACACUCUUGAAUGACAGAGUUGACAUUCCUUCACACAUGUGGACCGUCUUCUGCUGCUUUAAUACUAAAACUAAAGCAUGGGAAUCCAAGGCUCACUGGGCUGAAAACAAAAGUGAGAAAAAACCAAACCCAGUAAUCGCUGAAAAAACCCUGAAGCAAUUAGAGGAGUUUCUGUGGAAUAAAUAUAAACAAUCCUCACUCUUCAGUGAAGACUGUUACAAUUAUUUCACACUAAAGAAAUCAUCCAGUCCUGAAGAUGAACUCUAAAAUCUUUCUUAAAUAAGCUUGUCUAAAUGUGAAGGUGGCAUGAAAGUAUAAUGGUGAAAGAUUUCUGACCCUGUUAUUUCUUCGACUUUGAUGUAAUGCAAGACAAAUAAAGGCUUUCAGAAU